GUGUCGCUCGGCUUCUGCGGACGCGCUCGGGAACUAUCGGAUUAAACUUGAAUCGAGUGAAAUUACACAAAGGAGGGAAGCGGACCCGGGACCCGGUGGAAACCUCGAGGAACCUCAGUGACCUCCUGGCCGGCCCGGAUCAGGGGUAUCCGCCUGCCUCGCUUUGAUUGCCCGGCUGAAACCAACUCCCGGUCCGUGUGCUCCUGUGUGGGUCUCUUCUCUCCGCGCUUGCUUGCUUGUUUGUUUGUUUGCGGGGAAGAGGUGCUCCCGGGGGCCCCGGCUCGCCUCACCGCCUGCUCCGCUUCCGAAAACGGCGCCGAACCCAUCCCGACCCGAUCAUCCUGUGUAACGGAGACAAAAAAAUCAUAGUGACUAUGACUCUAGCAGCAUGGGUAGCUGAUUUAUCCCAAUUAUAAAGCCAGUUAGUUUGCAGUAAUGUGAUUGGUAACAAGCUGCCUGACACUCCAUGAUCCACAAAAUUAAGGAAAUAUGGAAUGACAUUAAGGCAUUUGGUUGAUGACUAAGGCUCUGAAGAUAAACAUCUUGGUGAGGUGAAGCACAAACUAGUAUUCUAGUUAUAAGGCACUGCAUGCUGCAACAAAGAUGGCAGAUCCAGGAAUGAUGAGUCUUUUUGGAGAAGAUGGGAACAUUUUCAGUGAAGGACUGGAAAGCCUAGGUGAUUGUGGAUAUCCUGAAAAUUCAGUAAACUCUAUGGGGCAACAAAUCCCUAUUGAUCAAGGAUUUCCCUCACUACAGUCAUCCCUUCAUCACCCUACAGCCAGUCAAAAUCAAGCAAAGUUGACUCACUUUGAUCACUAUAAUCAGUAUGAGCAACAGAAAAUGCAUUUAAUGGAUCAGCCCAACAGAAUGAUGAGCAGUGCGCCUGGCAAUGGUAUAGCAUCUCCUCAUUCACAAUAUCACAAUCCUCCAGUUCCUCAUGGUGGAGGCACUGGUAGUCAGAUGGGAGUCUAUCCUGGUAUGCAGAAUGAAAGACAUGGACAACCCUUUGUAGAUAGCAGCUCUAUGUGGGGGCCAAGGGCAGUACAUGUGCCAGACCAGAUACGGGCACCAUACCAGCAGCAGCAACCAUCACCUGCCCAACCACCAUCAACACCAUCGGGACCACAGGGACAGGGACAUCCUCAGCAUAUGCAGCAGUUGGGAAAUUACAUGGCUCGUGGUGACUUUUCAAUACAGCAGCACGGUCAACCCCAGCAACAGAGGAUAAAUCAGUUUUCUCAAAGCCAGGAAGGUCUUAAUCAGGGAAAUCCUUUUAUUACCACCUCAGGACCUGGCCACAUGUCUCAUGUGCCCCAACAAAAUCCAAGCAUUGGGCCUUCUUUACGACAUUCAGUGCAACAGUUUCAUCAUCAUCCCCCCACAGCUCUCCAUGGAGAAUCAGUAGCCCACAGUCCCAGAUUCUCUUCCAACCCUCCUCAACAGGGUGCCGUUAGGCCACAAACACUUAAUUUUAGUUCUCGGGGCCAGACAGUACCUUCACCUACUAUAAACAGCUCAGGGCAGUAUUCUCGUUAUCCUUACAGCAACCUAAAUCAGGGAUUAGUAAACAAUACAGGGAUGAAUCAAAAUAUAGGCCUUACAAAUAACACUCCAAUGAAUCAGUCUGUACCAAGAUACCCAAAUGCCGUAGGGUUUCCAUCUAACAGUAGUCAAGGACUAAUACACCAGCAGCCCCUUCACCCUAGUGGCUCACUUAACCAAAUGAACACUCAAGCUAUGCACCCAUCACAGCCUCAGGGAACUUAUGCUUCUCCACCUCCCAUGUCACCUAUGAAAGCAAUGAGUAACCCAGCAGGUACUCCUCCACCACAGGUCAGACCUGGUAGUGCUGGAAUACCAAUGGAAGUUGGCAAUUAUCCAAAUAUACCACAUCCUCAGCCAUCUCACCAGCCAUCUAGUGCCAUGGGAAUUGGACAGAGGAGUAUGGGUCCUCGGAAUAUACAACAGAAUCGUCCAUUCAUGGGUAUGUCUUCAGCACCACGGGAAAUGGGUGGUCACAUGAGACCAAACGGUUGUCCAGGUGUUAGCCUUGCUGAUCCACAAGCAAUACAAGAACGAUUAAUAUCUGGUCAGCAGCAUCCCAGUCAGUCAUCUUUUCAACAGCAAAUGCCAACAUGUUCUCCCAUGCAGCCUCAUACGGGAAUUCAUCAUCAGUCUUCACCACCACCACAUUCUCACCAUCAGCCUUGGGCACAGCUUCACCAAUCACCACAGAACACACCGCAAAAAGUGCCUGUCCUUCAG